UGUUUGUUUCCGGCUAAAGCUUGUGCUGGGCGCAAAAAUUACAUUAGUUUAUUAAAUUCGAUUAAAACUAGUGACUACAUAAUGAAUUUUGAUAAAAGUCUCCUGUUACAUUCCUCACAACAUACCCCGAUUAGAAACAAGCGAAGUAAGCAUUUGUUACACAGAGAAGACACUUUGAAUUUGUCGCCGAUACUAAAUGAAACCUCAAUUUUUAAAACUCUGAAUGAUACGAGCUUGAGGCAAGUUUUGGAUGAAUCUUCAGUGUUAGUUAACACAGGAAGCGCUGGUGAUGGUUUGAGCGAGGCGUUUUUUGAGAUAAUACAAAUAAGUCGUUCAAACGAUGUACUUGAUACAUUAGCGAGGUUAAGUCAAGUUUGUUGCGAUUCACUGGAAUUGGUGGAACCAUGGAACCGGUACAAUGCUCACAACUACUGGCUGGCUGAAGAAGCCAAUACCUGGAAGCUACUUUACUGUUUGUAUUCCGAUUCUAUAACUGAACACCCAGAAUCUUUGGACGACUUGAUAAAAGAACCAACUUUAUCGCAACAGGAAUUGGUUGGUGCAUUGUUUCAGUCUGAUUCAGAGUUGCGACUGUUACAAUUAUUGGUUGAUUGGUUGGAAGCUACUGCUGCUUACCAAGAAGAAGCCACUAAGACUUCCGCACCAGUGAUCGGAAACAACAUACAUUGGAGUAAUACACUACAUCAAUUGUUGAUUGGGUCAAGUUUAUUCAAUAAAGAAAAAAAUAAGGCUAUGAUAACUUGUAUGGACCCAGAUGCACCUAGGCGUCAAAAUAAGUCAAUACAUUCAGAUGAUCUCAAGGAUGAUAAUGAUUUAUGUAAAAGAAUAUUUACUGAAGUGAGAUGUGGAAAAUUUAAAGAAGCAGUCUCCUUGUGUAUCAGUGCUGGACAGGCAUGGCGCGGGGCGGUCCUACAGGGAUGGAUAUUGCUUCAUUAUCUACCGAGAGAAGAUGAAAACGCUCCCCUUGAAAUAUCUGGGAAUCCUUCUCGAGAUUUAUGGAAAUGGUGUUCUCUUGGAAUUGCUAAUAGCGUAUCUGAAAACAUUCACUACAAGGCUGCUGUAGGCAUACUGUGUGGCCAUUUGGCUAGUGCUAUACAAGCAUGCCAAGGAAACUGGGAAGAUCUACUUUGGGCACAUUUGAGGGUACAAAUAGAAGCCAGGGUUGACAAGUUUUUACAUGAACAUCAUUUAACUGCUGAUGCUAACACUACUCCCAUGGAUGUUUUGGAAUUGUUGCAAAAUGAACUUCAAAUUGAAGAACAAUCUCUCCAACAAGUAUUUGGUGCUGUAAAGUCAUUGAUGGAUGGCAAAAAGGAAUCAAACUAUCAAACAUGUCAACGUCACUUAAUGCUUGGAAACAUUAGAGCCAUUAUGCAAGACUCUUUACAAUGGAUUGACACUGCUGAAGAAAGGUUCAUACGAUUUUUGGCCCAUCUCAUAUUAAUUUUGAGACAAAUGGGCAAGGACCCUCAACAUGAUGUAGGGGACAAGAUAUUGGAGAAAUAUGUUACCCAGCUUAUUGCUAAGUUAAUAGAUGGAUCCUCAGAAUGCCCUGAACUGAUUGCUUAUUAUACAUCAACUGUGCCAAUAGAACGUCAAAUUGAAUUAUAUGCUGAAUUGAUGGAUCAUAUUCACAAAAGUGAGUACAGGCAGGGAGUCGUGAAGGCAGGCGAUGAUGCAGGCAUUGAUGUAGCAGCUUCUGCAAGGGUUGCUAUAAAAAAGGCCAUUACUGAUAUUCAACAAGGCUAUGGCAACUUAGAUUUAACAUUUACUCAGACAUCUUCGGUUGAAAAAGACAAAACAUUGAUCACUAAAGUUAUUUCAUCCCUGGAAUGGUUGUCCCUCAUUACCAACCAGUUGCAAGAAGCUUUAUGGUUGAGUAAUGCCAUGAUACGUACAUUCAUAUUUAUAGGAAAUACUGAUGCUGCAUUAGCUUGUGUUGUUAAUGUGAAUAAAAUGAUUCCUGAUUUUUUGAACAAAGUACCCACCAACUGCUCUGAACUGAGAGAGCACCUAUGUCUGAAGGCUUACCUGGAAGCUAUUGAAGGUUUUGCCACUUGGUACAGACAUUUCAUAAGUGGACAGCCAAAAGAUGUGGAACCACUGCCUCAAGAUGCAACAUUCUCUGACAAAGUUCACCAUGAGCAGAGAUGCGCCCAAGUUGAGCAACAGAAAGCGCGCUGGUUGAAUGCUGUGCUCCACCAAUCGCGGCACACGAAGAAUUUGUUGUACAACGUGUUAUUAUUUCCUAGUGGCUGGCUUCAAGAUGAGAAUGACAGUGUCUCCUCUGACAACUUUGAUGAAGAUGAAAAACAAGAGAGACUGAAGCAACUGGAGACGCUGAGACGUCUGUGUAUACCUGAGGUUGUAAUUCUAAUCCUAAAAAUUUUACAAAGUGGAGAAGAUAUUGAUAGCCACAAAGAAGCAUUGAAACUGUGCAACCUCAUAUCGGGUGAAAAUAGAGGAUUGUACAAGAUGUUCACAAAGGCUAAACUUGUCGAAGUUUUGGAUAGGAUCAAGGAAUCAUCUCUUUUGUUAUUAGAGAAAGGAAAAGAUAUGUUUGGUUACGAAAUUAAUGAUGAAUAAUUUGUUUUUUUUUUUUCAAUAAAAUAAAACAUUUUGUAUAACAA